AGUUGCACUAACAUUUUACUAAGACAACUGCAGCAUAUUUUAUUGAUUUCGAUAAUGCUGCACAUGACUUGUUCAGCUAUUUCUGCCACAAAAAUUUUCAAUUCUCAAUUGUGGAAUCAUAAUACUAGAUUGGUUAAUUGCCUUCUUACAUCUUUGAAUAAAAGAUUGGUUGUCUUCUUUCACCUCUCAAAUAUUAUCUCAUAUUUUCUUUUGACUCACACUUCCUAUAAAUAUAUUCAUUCUGCAUUGAAAGAGUUAGUCAUGGCGGCUUAUGGAGCUCUGGUUUCUCUUAUGCAUAUCAUAGAUCGCAUCGAGAAUCAUCCUUCCCCUCCAAUUUCUAUCGACAAACAUCAAGUUCAAUCUCUCACUCAAAAUGUUACCUUCUUGCAGGAUUUUCUUGAUGGUUAUAUGCCCCCGGUUGUCGAUGACCAUGAAGCUGAUCCAUUGGAGCGUGGCAUUGCUGAUGCAGUUUAUGCAGCUGAGGAUGUUAUCGAAUCCCAAAUUGUGGUUCAAAUUGAUAAUCGAUCCACAAUUGUUGGGAAGAUGAUCAGUUUUAUUAACUUGUUUCGAGCUCUGUGUAAAUGUGCAACUAUUGAGGAGGACUUUAAUCACGAUCUACAACAAGUGAUGGAAGAAAUAUUGAAUGUGAUCAAGAAAGAAGCCAUGGAGAUUGCAGCCGAUCCGUUGGAGAUGCGAAUUGCAGAUGCAGCUUAUGCGGCCGAAGAUGUUAUCGAAUCGCAUAUUGUGGACGUGAUUAAACUAGGUGCAUACGGUUCCAGUGAACAAGCGACUUCUAUCUUGCGGAAACUUCUCGAAAAAGGAUGCUACUCCCUUUUUAGCGAUAGCAGUGAAGCAGAUGAUCUGUUGGAGAGUCUUAUUGCAGUCGAUCCUCAACUGCAGAUAAAGGGAGUCAGCUGCAUCAACUUCUAUCAAGAUCUACAACAAGUGAUAGAAGAAAUGAAUGUGAUCAAGAAGGAAGCCAUGGGGAUUGCAGCCGAACCUAAACUGCAGAGAAAGGUCUCCUUGACGUCCUCUUCCGCUGUGAAGGAAAGCAUGAUGGUGGGCUUUGAUGACGUGUCACUUGAACUCCUGGAUAGGCUCACUAGAGGGCACCGCAAUCGCCAAAUCAUCCCAAUCACGGGGAUGGGCGGGAUUGGUAAGACCACUCUUGCCCGACAUAUAUUUGAGCAUCCACUUGUUAAGCAUCAUUUUGAUAUUUGCGGUUGGACUACAAUUUCUCAAACUUAUAAUGUUAGAGAAACACUUAGAGGACUUCUUUGCCAAGUGAGAGGAGAUUCGGGUGGUGAUUUGAGUGAGGAAGAUUUAGGAGUGGAAUUACGUAAGUAUUUAUUGUGUAGGAGGUAUCUCAUAAUACUGGAUGAUAUGUGGAGUGUAGAGUUGUGGGAAAAUAUGAUGGUUUUCUUUCCUGAUAACAAUGAUGGGAGUCGAAUAAUCGUAACAACUAGGUUGUCAAACUUGGCUGCCGAGUUGACACACUCUAACAGCAUUUGUAUGAGAUUAUUAGAUGAUGUUAGUAGCUGGAAUUUGUUCUCCAAAACAGUAUUUGGGGAUGAGGGUUUUCCUCCUCAACUCGAGGAAAUUGGAAAGAAAAUUGUGGAAAAGUGUAAUGGACUUCCUUUGCCGAUUGUUGUGAUUGGGGGCCUUUUGGCAAAAUCCGAACUUACACUAGAAUAUUGGGAGCACAUACAGAAAAACUUAAGCUCAAUAGUGAACUCUGAAAAUGAUGAAUAUUGCUUGAGAGUAUUGAAACUAAGCUAUGACCAUUUGCCUGUCUAUCUGAAACCUUGUUUUCUAUAUAUGGGAACGUUUGAGGAAGAUAAGGAAAUUAAAGUCUCAAAUUUGAUCAAUCUAUGGGUUUCUGAAGGAUUUCUUAAACCAAUAGUCGGUAAAAGCUUGGAAACAAUUGCCGAAGAGUAUCUGAAGGAGCUAAUCGAUAGAAACCUCAUUCUAGUUCUUGAGUUGGGGUUUAUAGGGAAUAUAAAGUACUGCUACAUGCAUGAUCUUCUGAGAGAGCUAUCUUUGAAGGAAGCUCAAAAGCAGAGGUUUUAUUAUGUCUUAAGCCAACAAUGUCCUCAAGGCAUAAAUAGCCAACGCCGCAUUGUUAUUCCCGAAAUUAUUUUAGAUGGGAAAGUCUUGGAAUCUAUGUCACUUGCUCGUUCUUACAUAUGUCAUGAUUAUACAGUUCCGCAAUUGCUAGAUUGUAGAUUGUUGAGAACACUGACUACAUAUAUGUUUUUCGAUGAGCAUUUGAUAGGAAAUCUCUUUCAAUUGGUGAACUUGAGGUACCUUCGGGUUCAUUUUUCUGCGGGGAUGCAAAUCCCUUCUUCAAUCAAUCUACUGUGGAAUCUACAUACACUAAUUGUUAUUUCUUCGUGGUGUUUGACUGCACCAGUAGAAAUUUGGAAAAUGUGUAAGCUUAAGUAUGUCAAGUUCCCACUUCUAGGAAUUUAUCUCCCAGAUCCUCCGAGUGAUGAUAUUAUUAUCAUGGAGAAUCUAGAGACACUAAAAGGAGUGAUUGAUUUCAACUUGAAUGAAGGAGUGAUUCAAAGAAUUCCCAAUAUCAAGAAAUUGUAUAUAAAAUAUAAGGAUAAAUUAAUAGACAGAGUGAAGAGCCUCAGCUAUCUUCAAUGUCUGAGUAAGCUGGAAACAUUGCAUUGUAUUUUUCUAGGAGGAAGUGAUGACUAUCUGGAGAGUAUUAGUUUCCCGCAGUCACUCAAGAAGAUGUAUCUUGAAUGCGGAAAGUUCCAUUUGGAAGAAAUUCUAGAAAAGAUGGCUUCAUUACCACUUCUUCAGAAACUCAAAUUGUGUGAUGGGCAGUUUGGAAGACGCAGUUGGGAAAUAGUUGAAGGCCAAUUCCCCCGCCUCAAAUACUUAAGAUUGAUUGAGUGUGCGGAUAUGGAAUGUUGGACGUUAGAGGGCUUCUGCUUGCCGCGCCUUGAGCAACUUCAUCUCUCAUACAUGGAGUCGUUGGAGGAGUUCCCUUCAGAAAUUGGAGAAAUAGCAACACUCCGGUCAAUUGAAUUGGAGGAGUGCAGUGAAUCAAUGGCUAUGUCUUUGAAAAGGAUAGUAGACGAACAAGAGGACUUACAAGGGGACCCAUCCUUUCAUGUUCGAGUUGAGUCAUCCGAGGUCAGCCAAGAAUUACAGAGCUUGGCAACUCCCAACUUUCGUAUAGUCAAAACUGGUCCUUAAGCUUGUAUUUUGAUGUAGAUGAGGAAUUCAAUAUAUUUCUCUUCCUUCUUCUAGGCGUCGAAUCAUGGCUUUCUUUUUUAUUUUAAUUAAUAAUUUAAUCUACCAUAAAUCUUUUAGUUUGGCGCUA